AUGGUUCAUAGAGCAAAUAAUAGGGCUUCAAGGAUGCUGGCCGAGUAUAAACAGAUUCGGGAGCAGCUGCAGUCGCAUGAGUCAAUCUUAAUGUUAUGCCCGGCAGGGGAUGGAGGUAGUUUGUCUAAGUGGGAAGCGCAGUUCUGUGGCCCUGAAAACACUCCAUACGCUGAUUUCACGUUUACUUUGAGUAUUGAGAUUCCAGAGAUGUAUCCAAACGAACCGCCUAACUGCAGAUUCCCACCGAAUCACAUAUGCCAUCCAAAUAUCAAAUGGUCUACUGGUGAGGUUUGCCUAGACCUACUCAAGCAUGAGACAUGGUCCCCCAUGUAUAAUCUUCUGCAAGUCGUGGAGGCGAUACGUACGCUACUAGCGGAACCAGGAGUUGAUUCUCCGCUAGAUGUGGACUUGGCAAAACUAUAUUCAGUCGAUAAACAAGCAUAUCAAGGUCUGGUGACUUACAGGUUAUGUAGCAGGACCCUCUGA